AUGACGGUGCGGAGAGGAAAGAAGCUCAGCAUCUCCAUCCAGGAACACAUGGCCAUUGACGUCUGCCCCGGCCCCAUCAGACCCAUCCGACAGAUCUCCGCCUACUUCCCCCGCCUGUCCCCCACCUCCCCCAUCCCCAUCUCCCCAACCCCGGCCGUCUCCCCGCCGUCGCUCAGCCCCGGCUCCGCGGCCUCCGGCUCGGGCGGGACUCACCUGCUGUCGCCUCUGCUGCCUCACUGCCGGGCGGGCGGGGGCGGACUGCUGUCGCUCACCAGCAGCAUAGACACAUCGGUGGAGAUCAACAGCUCGGACAGUGACGACUGCACUGCUCUGGGAACGCUGGAGUUUGAGUUGAGAUAUGAGCGGAGCUCCAGUGAGCUGCACUGCACUGUGCUGCGGGCCAAGGGUCUGAAGCCCAUGGACUUCAACGGUUUAGCCGACCCGUACGUCAAACUGCACCUGCUGCCUGGAGCCUGUAAGGCCAACAAGCUGAAAACCAAGACCAUUCGUAACUCUCUGAAUCCAGUGUGGAAUGAAACGCUCACUUACGUCGGGAUCACAGAGGAAGACAUGCACAGGAGGACGCUCAGGCUGACCGUGUGUGACGAGGACAAGCUGACUCAUAAUGAGUUAAUCGGUGAAUCCAGAGUUCCUCUGAAACGUGUGAAACACGACCAGACCAAACACUUCCACACCUGCCUGGAGCAUCCGCCGCCGCUGCCGUCUCCCACCGCCAUGGGCGAAGCUCUGCGAGGAAUAUCCUGCUACUUACGAGAGUGGGAGAACGAGCAGCUCCACAGCCUGGAGGAGAGAGGUCGUCUUCUUCUGUCCCUUCAGUUUCUGCCCCCCCUCAGUCUGGAGGAUAAAGACGUCGAGGGAGGAGGAGGAGGAGGAGGAGGAGGUGAAGGUGAAGGCCGUCGCAGCGGGGGUCUCUGUGUCGGCGUGAAGCGCUGCGCUCACCUGGCAGCCAUGGAUGUCAACGGGUUCUCCGACCCUUACGUGAAAAUAUAUCUGAAACCAGACUUACAGAAGAAAUCUAAGCACAAAACGACGGUGAUGAAAAAAACUCUCAACCCCGAAUUCAACGAGGAGUUCUUCUAUGAGAUGUCUCUGACGGAGCUGGCCAACAAGACGCUGGAGGUGACGGUGUGGGACUACGACCUGGGACGCUCCAACGAUUUCAUAGGUGGCGUCUCCCUGAGCUGUCACUCGCAGGGCGACGCUCUCCGUCACUGGAUGGACUGUCUGAAGAAUAAGGGCCGCAGGGUGGAGCGGUGGCACAUCCUGACCAAUGAGCUGCCUCGGACCCUCAGCCACGACUAA